GCGGCGCGCGCUCCAGACUCACCUGGACGCGCAGGGAACGGUACCGGUACCGGUCACACAUCGCAUCCGCCGCACAUCGAACCGCACAGCGCCGCAGGCAAAAUGUGCGAUAAACCAGACCUCUCGGAGGUGGAGAAAUUCGACAAGAAAAAGCUGAAGAAAACCAACACGGAGGAGAAGAACACGCUGCCCUCCAAGGAGACUAUUGAGCAGGAGAAGGAAUGUGUGAAGUCUUCCUAGAGAGAGAUUGCCUGGAAGGAAGAGCGACUACUCAAUUAUUUUGCUUUGAAAUGAAUCGUGUGGGUUUUUUUAAAUUUACAUCACGUACAUGUAUAGAAAACAGCUGUAUCWCCUAACACACUGUCCCACUUUGCUAGCAGCUUUGGCAGGUGAGGGGGCAAAGUGUGGUCCUCUCAGUCCAUCAGUAGCCUGACCCAAUGCCAUCUCUGCUGCUCAGCUGCCUCCUGUGACAGCAUUGAUCUUGCUCAGAUGCAGUGGGGAGAUGAGCAAGGGCCAUGGAGGCUUCUGGAGAUGGACCCCUUCUGCCUGGAGGAGUGGGGAACCUUUCUGGCCUCACCUCUGGCCUGGGUCUGUCUUGUAAAUUCUUCACUGACAGUGUUCUGUAGCCUCACUCACUGUUUUUUGUCUUCCUUGGGGGAAAAAUGAGAAGUUUAUUAUAAAAUAAAAAAUUGUAAUGAUCUA